CCUCCUGGAUCUCGCUCUGUCCCAGGAUGUCUCUCCUCUGGGCCGUCCUCUCUCAAGUCCUCAGCUGGACGGGCCUCUGCCGGGUACUGGUCGUGCUCGGUACGGCACUGGGAGCCCUGGUUUCGGUUUGGACGGCGAGGCUGUUGGUGCGACACGUCUGGUUCACGUGCCGGCUGUCCUGCUUCAGCAAGCCGCAUGCCGACUCCUGGCUGUUAGGCCACCUGGGACAGAUGCAGAGCUCGGAGGAAGGCCUCCUGCAGGUGGACGACUUGGUGCGGACGUACACGCACUCCUGCAGCUGGUUCCUCGGCCCUUUCUACCACCUGGUCCGACUCUUCCACCCCGACUACGUCAAACCGCUGCUCAUGGCACCUGCCAGCGUUACAGUGAAAGAUGAGCUCAUCUACGGCCACCUGCGUCCGUGGCUCGGACAGAGCCUGUUGCUAAGCAACGGGGCGGAAUGGUCUCGCAAGAGACGACUGCUGACUCCGGCUUUUCAUUUCGACGUCCUGAAGGACUACGUGGCCAAGUUCAACUCCUCCACCGACACCAUGCACGAUAAGUGGCGCCACUUGGUGGCAAAGGGCACGGCUACUAUGGAGAUGUUCGACCAUGUCACUCUGAUGACACUGGACAGUUUAUUGAAAUGUGCCUUCAGCUACAAAAGCGACUGUCAGUGGUCGACCAGCGAGUACGUGUCCGCCAUAGUGGAGCUGAGCGAGCUGGUAAUAGACCGUCGGCAAAAGAUUUUGCACCACUGGGACUGGUUCUACUGGAGAACGGAGCAGGGAAAGCGCUUCAGAAAGGCCCUCGGCACUGUGCACAGGUUCACCAGGGAGGUGGUCCAGAAGCGUCGAGCGCUGAUCCGCCAGCAGACGGGUACAGAUUCGUCCGCGGCACGGCGGAGAAAGAAAGAUUUUGUGGACAUCAUACUGGUGUCGAAGGACAAAGAUGGACGAGGACUCACCGAUGAGGAGAUACAUGCGGAGGCCAACACCUUCAUGUUCGCAGGUCACGACACAACAGCCAGUGCGAUCUCCUGGACGCUGUAUAACUUAGCACGCCAUGAGCACUAUCAGGAGAAAUGCAGGCAGGAGGUGACGGAUCUGAUGCAAGGACGAGACCGGCAUGCGAUGGAGUGGGAGGAUCUGUCCAACCUUCCCUUCACCACCAUGUGCAUUAGGGAGUCUCUCCGGCUGCACGCUCCUGUGCAGGCUGUCACGAGGAAGUACACCCAGGACAUGGCACUGCCGGGGCACCGGACCGUACCAAAGGGGGCCAUCUGUUUGGUCAGUAUUUACGGCACACACCACAACCCUGCCGUUUGGACCAACCCUCAUGAGUUUAAUCCCCUGCGUUUUGGCCCCGAGUGCACAGCGGAACGGGCUUCUCACGCCUACAUCCCCUUCUCCUCGGGCCCCAGGAAUUGCAUUGGGCAGAAAUUCGCCCUGGCGCAGCUUCGAGUCGUCGUGGCGUUGACCCUGCUCAGGUUUCGCCUGACCCCGGGGGUGAACCCUGAACUCGGGCCCAGGUCUGGGGGAGUUCGCCGUCUCCCCCAACUCGUCCUGCGUGCGGAGGGAGGUUUGUGGCUGCAGCUGGAGCCUCUGGAGGAGUUGCAGGAUGACUGACACCUCACAGAAACAGAGGUUCAGCCCUGGUCUGUGUGUUUAAGUCUCUAAAUCUAUGUGACAUUUGUUAGGCUUCAUGACUCUUUUAUGAUCACUUUUCAAUGAAUUUUAUAUAAUUUGCAUGUAAUAUUGUUCUAAUACAUGAUUGUUGACUGUAUUAAGUUGUUUUUAGAAAUAAUUAUCCUCAUCCUUAAACUCUCCUCAGGCAGAAGAAAAGGUAAUAUCUGUAUUUGAAUUUAAGAAGAAAGAUCAACCUAGGGAUAACAUUGCAGGCCAUUGCAAUACUAAUAUAAUAAUAAUAAAGAAACAUAUUUAGGGUCUGUAGCAGAGUAUAACUCCUCUUUGCUAACAAAUAAACAACUAAUUGCAUACUAAUGACAACAUUUCUAUGGAUAAAUGAUAAAUGAUGCAUGUAUUUCAGCUCUAUUGUUCAUCAGAUUACAUACGUAUGUUGUAAUUAAAGUAUGAAAUGGAGCCUA